CGCAAAGCAAGCUGCACGCCAAUUGACCCAGGAACCGGAAAUCAAGCCAUUCGCCCAAGAUGUCCCGGAGAGAGCCUCAGUUUAACCAGCAUGUCCUCGUUGACACGACGCCGAUGCCCGAUCACAUCCCCAAGGUGGAGGAGAUAGGGGCUACUUCUGCGCCGUUGGCUAGCGCAUCUUUUUUUAUCGGGGACAGAUGCAGAGCCUACAAUGAUGAUUACAUGAAGUGCAAGACUGACGCUAAUGGACGAGGGGAGCUGGAGUGUUUGAAGGAGGGUCGGAAGGUUACGCGUUGCGCUGCCAGUGUGAUCAAGGAUAUCAAUGCCAACUGCCUGAAACAGUUCAAUGCCCACUGGGAGUGUUUGGAGAACAACAACCACCACUUCUUCGAGUGCCGGAAGCCGGAGAUGGAAUUGAACAACUGCGUGUUUGAGAAGCUGGGACUUAAAAAGGUCAUCCCGGGUACACCGGAGAACCAGACUCCCGUACACCUGCGGCCAAAGCAGCUCUAUGCCCAAUUCCCUGGUCCUCAAUACUAGAAGUCUAGAUUUUAACAUGUUGCUACUUUUUUUGUUGUUCGAUCCCGGUGUUGUCAUGAAACUGUCUGUGUAUAUAUUAGCAUCAGGAAUGGUUCAAUGGUUGUUUCUUGAGUGUGUACAGACCUGGAGUACACGCCGAAUUACCCUGUAGCAUUUACGUGUUGGGAAUUGGACCCCAGGAUAAUAGGAUUGAUUGUACAUGUAUGUCCACAUAUAGUAAGCCAAAAGCCACCAGACAACUCCAAACAAACCAAUUUGUAUCCAUA